AAAGGAGGUGUGUCAGGGAUAGCUCGUCUUACUUUGGAAAUUUAUCUCCUGAGAGAAUAUUUUUCGAUGUCACUCUCGUAUCUUGUGUGUGUUCUACAUGAAUUUAGUCCGCGAGACUUUAACUUUGAGGAUUUACAGCCGAACGUUUCCGAUAUCCAAGUAACUUAAAAUCUUGGAAUAACAUUAAAUAAUUCGCGUUUUUCAAGGUAAUAACUUACGAAUUCGCUUAGAUAGCGUUUCUAUUCUAGAUUUAACGGUAGCCUGUGAACUCCAAACGAUUUUCGGCAGAAAAACUAUAUACUAUUCGACGUUCCUUAAAAUUUUUUUUUUAUGGCGGUCCGUUUGUUAAAUAUAUUUGAUUUUUGAGGCCUACUCUUAAAAGAAAAAAACAAACAUGGCGAUGGAACAAUAUCAGCUAAGUACGUCACUUAUGGUGACAAAUGAAGAGUUAGAAUCGCCGAGUAUGUCGAAUCAGACGAUGAUGGGUUUUCCACAAGCUGAAAUGCGGUGGAUGACCAUUGGUAUUCCUAUAGUCUACGGGAUAAUCGUAUUAAUAGGUCUCAUCGGGAAUGGCUUAGUCAUCAUAGUUCUCCUUAGCUACAACAACAUGAGGACAAUUCCCAACAUCUACAUACUGAACCUCGCCAUUAUGGAUUUUCUGUUUGUCUUGACUUUGCCAUUUCAAGCUGUACAAGCAGCAUUAAUGGCGUGGCCGUUUGGGUCGUUUCUAUGUAAGCUGAUAGUUGGUUGUGACUCCGUGAACCAGUUUGCUUCGAUCUACACUUUAACUUUCAUGAGCGCGGAUCGGUACAUCGCGGUGGUGUAUCCCCUGUCAUCGAUACGGUACAGGACCAAGAACAAGACCAGGAUCUUCUGUGGAUUAGUUUGGGUGCUCUCCAUCCUGCUCACUCUACCUACCUUCCUCUUCUACAACACCAAGACUUAUAAUGGGGUGACCAACUGCUACACCGUGGAUAUCUCAGACAGGCAAGCACAUUUCUAUGCUUAUUUCAAUCUGGUCUUAGGCUUCUUGCUACCCCUCGUAGUAAUUCUUAUGGCGUAUACCACGCUGUUGUACAAAAUGUUACGUAGUAACCUACCCUUGAGGUCUGACGGUGCUUGUAGUGCAGCUCAGAGAGCAUCCAAGAGAGUUUCAAUCUUAACCAUCUCUGUCAUUGUGGUAUUCUUUGUCUGCUGGAUGCCGUUUCACAUCAUGCAGAUAUGGCAAGCCAUUGGUUGGACCCAGAGUACAGCCAUUCGUGUGACCUGGUCCAUCGCCAUUUGCUGGUGUUACAGCAACAGUUGCUUUAACCCGCUUGUUUACACGUUCAUCGGUGAGAACUUCAAGAAGAACCUGGCAGACAUGUGCCCCUGGUGCUUCCCCGAAGCAAGCAAGUUCGACCGGAGCCGUUGCCGCGACAGCAGUACCUACACGCGCGGGGGCACCAUGCGAUUGCACAACGUUCACAACGAGUACACCACCAGCCCAACCAUUGCACCAUCGACAACACUCGGUAGUGAUGGCUACAGUGAGAAUUCACCCAAGAUACAAACCUACACCUUCAGUACCUGAUCCACCAAUUCAACUAUUCUUGUACAGGCAGAGGUUUAGACAUGUAAAUCAAUAGUCUUAUAUGAUACGCAGACAGAGAUCGUGGAACAACUUUCCUUCUUCAGGGAAUACGAGAUGUUCUAGAUAGUGCCUAAUUCGUAAAGUCAUCUUUAUCAGAAGAACUCGGAAGCAGGUUUUUGCACCUUAAACUAAAUUUUACUAGCACCACCGAUCAUCGAUUCGACAUUAAUGUUUUUCAAACCGAGAAAAGGUAAAUGAAUCUGUAUUGCUUAACACAUGAGAUACGAUCUGAAGCAUCUUGAAUAGAAUCAUAAAUAUCGUAAGAAAACUGCUCUUUGGCAAUUAAAAUCCUUUAUAAUUCUAAAAAUUCAGUAGAGUGUAAAGGUUCGAAAAAAAUGCAUACAGAUCUAACGUAUUGAAAUAUUUUCCGUUUUCUGUAAGAUUGAUAGUCCUAGCCAUUGUUUAAAAACGUAUAUUUAUAUAUAUAUAUAUAUAAAGUUUUGAAUCAUUUAUUCAAGAUAACAUCAUAAUGAACUGUAAAAAAUGUAGCUUUUAACUUUAUAUUUUCCUUUGUAUAUACAGUACAAAUUAUCGAACAACUUGUUAUUCGAUGAUUCAUUGUAUUUGUCAGUUGAGUGACGUUAUUUAUUUCGAAACAAUGUGAAUUGAUAAUCUGUAUUUUUAAAAUUCGGUCAUUGGAAAGAAGGUUCCUAUGCAGAAAAACAUUCACAAACUCGAGAGAAGGAGUCAUUUAUAUAACACCAGGACGCCAUCAAUGAUCGAUGUAAUAUUAUCUUUUACCAUAACUUGAUGUUACUGGGAACAGAUGGUCCCCGUACAAAAGCCUAUUAGAAUUGCAGAUUUCAGUAAUCUUCAGGUAAAGAGAUGAUAAAUAUCAUGCUCUCUUAUGUCGUAGUUUUCCUUUAUUUGAAGACACCUGAGAAUAGAUUAUUCUUAAUUGGUAAUUCCAUAAGCACUUAUUCUUAAACCCAUGGUAACAAUAACAAAAAACUGUAAUCUUCUUAUAAAGGUGUGAUCUGGAAAUUGGAUGUUUGCGUCUACAAUUGAUAGAAGAGGUCUUUUCGGAUUUAAUCAGGGUUACAGCGACUUGGAAUGAAAGGAAUGAAUUAAAUACACUCUCUUUCUCUGAUUUGUAAUGGAUUUCACGAAUGGUAAACAACUAUUCAUCUACUUUCCAGUGAAAAGAUAGCUUUAAGAGAGUCCGAAAGCUAAUGCGACAAUUGGGAAGGAGAAAAAGACCGCUUUCCACUUUUCCCCCCAAAUUAAAUCCGUUGCAGCCGUUAAAUCAUUAAAAAAUAUAGAAGGGUAGCUUUACUAGUAUUUUCUGCACGAUCCUUUGUAAUUUCGACUUUACAUGGAAAACCACCUACUGCUUCAACAACGCCGACAUCUGCAAUUUAUACUUACUGUUUUCCUACUGCUACCUCUACUACUACUACUACUACUACUACUACUACUACUACUACUACUACUACUGCCUCUACCACUACUUCUACUAGUACUACUGCUACUCCAUCAUCAUCAUCAUCAUCAUAUUCAUAUUCAUCUUCUUUUUUUUCCUACUACUGCUAUUACUACUACUACUACUUCUACUUCUACUACUACUACUACUACUACUACUACUACUACUACUACUACUACUACUACUACUACUUCUACUACUAUUACUACUACUACUACUAGAACUACUACUACUACUACUACUAUUAUUACUAAUACUACUUCUACUACUACUAUUACUACUACUACUACUACUACUACUACUUCUACUACUACUACUACUACUUCUACUACUAUUAGUACUCCUACUUCUGAUGCUGCUGAUGCGACCACUUCAUCUGCUUCAAACUCUACAACUUCGACUUCUAAAUCUACUAUAUACCACCACUGCCAGUACUUUUUCUUCUUCUACUGUGCGUCUAAUGUGACUACACUCCUCCCACUGCUACUUUUACUACUACUAUUACUACUAUUACUACUACUACUACUUCUACUUUUACUACCUCUAUUGAUGCUGCUACUACCUUUACAUCUUCUACUACUCCCCUUCUCCCUACUACUGAUAAUAAUACAACUAUCAGUAAUACUAUUCCUAUACUAAUAUUUACCACCACUACUGCUACAUUUACAUGUACUUCUAUUAUGCUUCUACUCCUAAACAACUAUUUUACUAUUUUGAUAUUGAUAAUUUUACUACUACUACUACUAUCCCGACACCCGCCCAACACCACUUCUACUACUUGUACUACUACUAUUACUACUACUACUACAACUACUACUACUACCACUACUUCGACGAAGACGAUUGCUUAUAUUGUACAACUACCACCACCAUGCACCAUCAAUGCAAAUAUUACUGUAACACCUCCUUUUUUUCAUUUGAAUGUUCUCGAAGAUCCCCCCUUACUUAUUUUUUACUCGUUUGUGGCCGUCUUUCAUUUUCAAAUGUAUUUCCUUCUUCUGUACUACACUCAUACUAAUAACUUUAUGACAGUUCACACUCUUCCACCCAUCGUUUCAUCACUAUUGCUGCUAUCUGCUGCCUACUGCUGCUAUCAUUACCAAUCCAUUUACUUAUAAAACAACCACAUUUAUAACUAUUAUAGUUUUGGUCUACUUUAUUGCACAUAAUGAGAAUGGAGAUUUGUUGUUUGCACAGCCAAAUGAUGCUUUAAUUUUCGACUUGACAACAACAACUACUACUACUGCUGCUAUACUAAUACGAUUACUUAUCCCAGUACUUCCCAUCGCCCUGCAACUGCUACGGCUUUAUUACUGCUACUACCACAACUACUGUUACAUAAAUACUAUCAUUACAUCAAGUACUACAGCUUCAGGCUUGAAAAAAUAAUAUGCUGCUGCUUCUAUAUCCUGAGUAUGAAUACUGCACUUCUACUAAUACUUCUACUUCUACUACUACGACGAAGAAUAUACUCCCACUAUAAACAUGAUAAAUUCUAGUCCUGCUACAACUAUUACACCUUCACCAUGUUUUUUAUACUUUUGAAUGUACAACUACUACCAUUACUAUCACCAACAUCACCACCACCACCACCAACCACCACUACUACUAUUAUUACCACUUCUCCCGUCUCCUCCUCCUCUUCUUCUUCGUCUUCUUUCACUACUACCACUAUGUCUAAUAUUUACAAUGACAACAAUAAUGAUACAUCCUCUACUACUUCUACUACUCGUAGUUGUACUACUUCUUCUGCUCUUGAUGCUACGUGUUGCGUUACUGCUCUUUAGCAUAACUUCUAUAAUUACUGUUUACACUAUCAUUUACGACUGUGCUAUUUUAUUUCAACUGUAAUAGAUUAAUGGGGGAAAUUGUUUCAAUAUCUUCAUAUGACGAAUUUGUUAUGGGGUAUGACUUUGAUUUAUUCCAGUCUCCAGCAAAUUGACCAUGUUAACACGAAUGGUAAUGAAGUAAAUAUAUAUUUUUGCUAGUAUUACGAUAUUCUGAAUUUGAUUCAGACCCAAUCUUGUGGGAAAUGUAUACACAUGUAUACAAUAUUAUUUUAUGAGAAUUUCGAAAAAUAAAAACAGAGUAGAAAUGCAAAGUAGAAGUGUGUAUUUUAUUCUCCAAAUCAAAACAAUGGGUAAUUUUGAUAUUUCUCUCUUCAUUUCUCUUUCACCUUCAACAAUAAGCGGGGGUGAACUAAGGUAGGAGAAAAACCACCAUCAGGGUUGAUUCGAUCGAGGAACUUUGGAAAUGAAAUUAGCGACCAAUUUCAGGUUUCUCUUUAGCCUUUCGGGUGUUAAAGUGAGGGAAGUUGUGCCGUUGGGUUUCGACGUUGUUUUGCCAAUGAUUUCAAUGCUUUUAUUAGAAUGGGGCAAAAGGGUGGGAGUUGUGUUAUUUCGAUCGGGCAGCAUGACCGGUAAAAAACAUCGAAAGAGCUCGAAAAUGGAGAGUUGCUCAUUAAUUGAUGAGUCCAGUGAACGGAUGAUUUGGUUAGUAACGAACUUCUACCAGACAAGAGAGGAGUUAAAAAAAUAGAGAAAAAUUCUUGUUUUUUAGGUAAACAGAAGGAAUAUUCAUAUAGUCACUCUUGGAAAAUUCUGUGUGUGAAAUUUACUGUAAUCCAACGAUUGAAAUGAUUUCCAAUCGGUGAAUGUUUGAUCAUAUUUUGGGUGAUCAUUAUUAUUUUGUGACCGCUAUCAUUUCAAUGUUUUGUUCAAGAAAAGUGAUAAAUUAAUUCUUCGGAUUUCACUGAACAUAUCGUGCAUCUUUGAUAAAUGUUUUUUUUAUAAUUGAUAUGAGUUAGGGGAUUCUCAGAAUAAAGAUCCCGUUUAUAGAGAUACCGGGCGAAUAAUUGAUUGUUGUUUUAAAUCAUACAGUGUAUUUGUUUGUGUUGUCACUAUGAAAACAAAGCAACCUAUUUUCAAAUCACUUGUCUCUUCUUUCUAGAAUGAUAAUGAAUGUUCUGUAAAGUUUGGAUGCGAAUGACUUCUUACCUACUACCCUAGCAUUGUGUGAUGAAAUCAGUAACAUAUAUAAUUAAUGUCAUAUGGAUAUUUCCCAAUUCGUUCUGUAAAUAAUAUAACAUAUAGUAUAUCAUCAAAAUGUUUGAUUAAUGUAAUAUAAAUCUUAUCGUAUUAAAAUCACUAGUUUUGGUCUAAAAUAGCAGUUGAAUAUUUGCAUUUUCAUUGUACAGAAAUUACAACGAAUUUAAUGUGUACUGGUAGAUUUGAAUGUUGUUUCAUCCCCUUCUUGUCUCGACUAGCAUGGCAGGUCAUGCUUUUGUCGUCUAGAUCGCUCCUGCAUUUUAUUAAGGCUAUUAAAGCGUCUGUAAGCUUUAAACUGAAGCAGUCGUGUCUUACAAAGCUUCGGACAUCUUUGGAAUGUUUGUUGUGGUAACAUUAUGCAUCAUCCCAUGUAAUCACUUUAAAUGAGCAUAAAUAUUGUGUCUCACCCGACCGAAGCCCCUCGUCCAGUGCUGUAAAUUAGCCACUUUUACAUUGACUGUCAUGCCCGACCUUUCGAAUACUGGACAAGGAGCUGAGCCAGCGCUACAGGGGGGGGGGGGGUUACUACCCCCUAUAAAUGUUAAAGUAGAAAAAUAGGGGAACAUGGUGGAAAAGAGGGCGAAAAGUGAAGAAAGGAGAGUAUUAAAAGGGAAGGUAUUGAAUGUCAUGUGAUUCCAUGUCCCCCGUUAUUCCAAUUGAAAAACCCGUACGUAGAAAGUUUAACCACCAAAUAUGUACAUGUAAUAGGAGUCAGAAGUUUAAGGGAUUGAUUCAAGCGCUCUCUACCCAUUGUCGGAUGUUGUAAAGGGCAAAAUUUUAGCACUUGACUUGGGUAUAAAUUUUCCAAGAUUACCAUGAAUAUUUUAUCUCAAUAAUGAAAGAAAUUCCUUGUUUUAAACCCAAGAAUCUAUAGAUCUGAUAAUGAAUUCUUGUCAGAAAAGCUUUUAUACCACCAUACCCCCCAAAAAAAGUAUUCGUCACAAAAUCAGGACAAGUCCUAAAGCAGUUCUUAUUUGUAUUUUCUCUUGCACUCCUCUGUGUAUUACUGUCAAUUAUAAUCAAUGCAGUAAAGGUAGUAAUCUUUUCGUGAUAUUUUAUUUUAGAUGCUACGUGUAUGUACGAGCUCGUGUCACAAUAGUGUUACAAUGCGUCACGUGACUGAUGAGGAAACUCUUCACUAUGUCCAUGCACAUUUAAUAUCUCAGCCACACCAACAGAACUGACUCCAAACCGACCAAUAAUAUGGUAUAAUUUUAAAAAUUGCAUGAUACUUUGGUGGGUCUUGAGUUGGUUCGGGUGGUUUGAAUGCGAGAUAUUGCUCUUCGUUUAAAACGUGACAUGAUAAAAAUAUACAUCAAUUAAAAUGUGCACAAAUUGUGUUGAAUUCAACAAGAAUCGUUUGCUUUUUCUGUGUUUUGUAUAAUUUAGCUUGUGUCAUAAUACGUACUGGCACUAUAAAUAAGUUACAUACAUAUUUUUUAUGUAGAACUUUAUAACAUGUUUCCUAGUUCGUAUGUCAAUAUACUAAGGAAUGACUUAAAAUCUUCCUCUUUUUUGGGGUCCUGCAUUUUAAGAAAUUGUGACGAGAGGCUGAUAUUCAAAUGGUCAGGUAAUUGUCGCCUUCACGCUUGUAACAUGAUAUGGUUUUUGGUGUGUUCCAACUGAACGCCAUUCCAUGUACUGGUGAGAUAUAGUACCUCUUGCAGGGAAGUCAAAUUCCUUGGCCGUUUUGGGCUCUUCCUUCAGGAUGGUCCAUGGAGAGGCUUGUCAUGGACAAAAUCAAUAAUCAGUCGUGUUCGGAAAUCUCGGCAGAAUCAAUUCACACUGCCGGAAUAACUUGUUUUAUACGUUCACAUCGAAUACGUGUGUUUCGUGCACCCGUAUCUGUGCACUGAUGACCGUAUACUAAAACAAUGUUCGUACGAGUAUCCAUGCAGUCUAUCGACAGUGGAGACGGACCCAUAGAUCAAAGACUAGACUCUUAUAGCCAGAAGCCUGAUUUCUUACAUUAAAUUGUGUGUGAGUGGAACAUUAAAGAUCGUGUAUUAUUGCAAUCUUAUGUAUGUAUUAUUGACAUUUCUAUUUGCUAUAGCCUCCAGCGUGUUCAAUGUUAUUCUAGCUUUGUCCGCUGCUCUUUAUGUUUUGUAUUGCAAACUGAUGCUAUUAUAUGAGUUGAUAUAAAUGUCAUGCUUUUACAAAAUUUAAAA